AUGUCCGCAAGGAAGCGGAAGGCCACCGACUCCAUGGAGCAGGCAUGCAUGCUGUGUCUCCGGGCAGAGGCUGACCCGGAUGUCUGUGGGCCCAAACUGGAGAAGCAAGGAGUCUGUGCCCAUGCGUUUUGCCUGUAUUUUGCCAACGAGCUUUUUCAGCAACGGGUCAAGGAAGUAGGACUCGUGGGAUUUCUGCCUGAGGAUAUUCAACGCACAAUCGCCCGGGCAGCGCAGAAGGACUGCUUUGUCUGUGGUGACAGCGGGGCCACCAUCACUUGCCGGGAGAUGGGCUGCGACCGCAGCUUCCAUCUCCCCUGUGCUGUGGAGGGUGGAUGCAUCACCCAGUUCUUUGGGCUCUACAGGUCCUUCUGCUGGGAGCACCGCCCAGAGCAGGCAGUGGAGGCGGCUCCGGAGGAGACCACCACCUGCCUCAUCUGCCUGGACCCUGUGGGGGACAGAAAGUCCUUCGGCACCAUGGUGUGCCCAGCGUGCAAACACGCCUGGUUCCACAGGGGAUGCAUCCAGGUUCAUGCCAGUCAUGCUGGCUUCUACGGCUUCUGCUGCCCGCAUUGUCAAAAUGAGUAUCGAUUUCUGAUGGAAAUGCUCACCAUGGGGAUCCAAAUCCCAAAGAGGGGACUGUCGUGGGAAGACAAUGGUGCCUAUGAGCAAUUAUAUGAGAGGCACAGACGCUGUGAUGCCAGUGAGUGCCUUUGUCCAGCAGGCAGGGAGCGGGCAGAGGAAGAGGGGCCCUGGCAACUGCUCCUGUGCUGCUCCUGCGCUGCUGAGGGCACUCACAAACGCUGCUCCUACCUGAGGAACAGCACGGCCAGCUGGGAGUGCGACGGCUGUGCUGGACUGGGCACCGCCUCCAGUGCCAGCUUGGUGCUUAACGGCCCCACCACCUCCAGCCAGUCACCUCCAUGGCACCUGAGACCAGCAGCCCCACCACUGGUAGCCAGGUGGCAUUGGGGCACUCCUACGGCUGCCCAGUGCCUGAGAGCAGCCGCCGCUCCAGCUACCCUGGGCCCCAGCGGGCGCGAGACCAUUCCCGAUUGCAACGUCGGGCCCAAACUCCCUCGCCGGCCCAGAAGACACUGUAACAGCAGUCACACGCCAGCACCGAGUGAUGAGAGCUGCACCUCCAGCCAGGCAGCAGUGGGGCUGCCCCAUGGCCUUCUGGCACCAGAGACCAGCAGCCCCACCACCGGUAGCCAGGCAGCACCAGGGCCCUCCCGCGGUUCCCCAGAGCUGAGGGCAGCAGCUGCUCCAGCAUCCCUGGGCCCGACCGCAUGCGAGACCAUUCCCGAUUGCAACGGUGGGCCCAAACUCCCUACAGCCAGCCUGGACGCUGCUGCAGGACCAGGCGUGCACCGUCCUCAAGUGCUGGCCCUGAUCCACACCCCGCCCCCCGCACAACAAAGAGAGCUAGCAAAAAAAUCACAUGUGCUCUACGGGAGGGUAACAAGGGGCCUGGAAAUGGCAAUCAUCCGCAAGGAUUUCCCUUCUGUUGGAGACCAGCAAGUGCCUUUCUACUGCAAGAAGGAGAACAGCUUUGGUUACAGAGCGACUGCCGAACAGCUCUGCGGAAGCUGGCGGAGAGCUAGAAGGCUGAGUCAAAGACUAACGGGGCACCACGUCACCAAAGCACUAAGGACUUCAGGAGAAAGACGUUGGGCCACCUGCGACGCUUAG